CUCCUCUCUCCCCCAACAAGGGCGGGGCGGGCGGACGUGCCCUGGGGUACAGCGGUACAGCGCACGUUAAACGGCUGGCGCGUUGCGAUGGCCGCCCUUGGCAACAGUGCAGUUCUUCCUCCACUUUGCAUCUGGUUUAAGGACAGCUCUCAACAGAUUUGCGCGAUUCAAUUACGCCAGUCUAGGCAAAAAAGCACGUGAAAGUCCUGAUUGACCUGCGGUUAAAUACAAUUUGGAGAUCCCUUUUUAUUCGCUUUUGUUUUACCACGCGCUUUAGUACCCUUCUGACACAACAAAGCAACGAUGGCUGCUACCUUUGUAACAGACUUGGCCAAGUAUGUCGACUUGGACCAGGAGAGUCUCUGGAGUGCGUGCCAUCCCGAUUUAACCGGAAACGAUGCUAACACAGAUACACCCGCGCGUAUAGAAUACCACAACAAGAUCUUGACGAAGCUGUUUGGCGGUAACCGAUAUGUCGGCUGCUACGCGCUCGCCGCGGCCAUUUUUGGUCUAGGCUUGUUCCGCGAUUUCCUUUACAAGGCAGCCCUUGCGGACCAACCGGUUCAUCCUGAGCUCGAUACGGAAACUGUCAAGCUGGCGUCCUACGCCCUGUUUGCGGUGGGCAACUUGCUUGUCGUAUCCUCGACUAUUAGACUAGGCAUCACGGGAACUUUCCUGGGCGACUACUUUGGCAUCCUGCUGGACGAGAUGGUCACUGGCUUCCCGUUCAACGUGACAAGCUCACCCAUGUACACGGGCUCGACAAUGAGCUUCCUGGGCGUCGCGCUGUACUAUGGAAAGCCUGCGGGUAUUGCGCUGACGCUCUGGGUGUACGUGGUGUACCAGCUUGCCUUGGGCUUUGAGGAUCCGUUCACGGCCGCGAUCUACGCCAAGCGCGAGCGGGAGAGGGCAGCUGGCAAGAAGCAAAAAUAAAAGAGAGAGAUGGAAUAAGAGAUGGCGAUCUGGUGCCUUUUUUGGGCGGUGUUCUGAUGAUUGAGCAGCAAGUGGCGUGAGAGUCGGUGUAUACUUGUAGCUAGGUGCUCGGUUUAGACGGUGGCGUGAACUCGGUAGACAUAAACAAAAUAUCCAAUGCAGAAUGAUCGGCUAGCGAGAUUGGAGUGACAUUCAUCCGUAUGCAAUUGUGAGCAAGUAAAUAUCAUCCGUGAAGUGGAUUAUCGUAGCACCUUGAGAGUUGCAACUGGUGUUGUUUGCUUUGCCGACGAUGGCGCAACAACCGUUGGAUGAUGAUGAUGUGCGGCUCAAGGACUGCUGCCCGGCCCGGGUCCAAGCGCCAUAGUAUUUUGCACCGAGCAUAUUUGAGGCUCACUGUCAAUGUAAUGGAAUCAUCGUAAAAAGUCCAUGCUAACUAGUUUCUUGUGCCGG